AUGCCCUCCAUCAGUCAUCCAAAGUCAAUCAUGCACCCUAACCACUGGAACGAAGAAGUAGAAGAGGCUUACCGCUUUCAACAAGCUGGUUAUAGAGAUGAAACUGAAUACAAGGAAGUCAGGAAAACUGAUUUUGUAGACAGAUGGCCAGGUAAUGGAUACGUAAAGAAACUUAUUGGUCGGGAUGGAUGUUAUUACUAUUAUAACAAGUCUCGUGAAUGUCCUGAGGCACACAUAAAUAAAACCAAAUUAUAUACUUAUUAA